GGGGGCCGGGCCGGCUUUGCCGAGGGAGGUGUGACUGAAACAAAACAAAGCCAAAGGGACGCUGGAUCUAUCAUUGGUUGAUUUUCCUCCUCCUUUUUUUUUUUAUGAUCAAAAACAACCCCCCACCCGAGCAAACAAACACACACAAAAGCAGAAAGAAAGGGUCUUGCUCAGCAGCAGCAUGGAUGUCUUGGCUAGUUAUAGUAUAUUCCAGGAACUCCAGCUUGUCCACGACACCGGCUACUUCUCAGCUUUGCCAUCCUUGGAGGAAAACUGGCAGCAGACAUGCCUGGAGUUGGAGCGAUACCUUCAGACUGAACCGCGGAAGAUCUCUGAGACCUUUGGUGAGGAUUUGGACUGCUUCCUUCAUGCCUCCUCAGCUCCAGAUGCAGAGGACAAUAUCCGACGGCUGGAUCCCAUCCUUUUACCAGCAGAGACGAGUACGUGUGACAAAAGCGCCAACAUGGACAUUAUCCUCUCACGGGACAAGCUGCUGUCUGAGACGUGCCUCAGCUUGCAGUCCACCAGCUCUUCCACAGAAGGCUACACAGCCGUCAACCAGGCCCAACUCAAUGCAGUAACCUCAUUAACACCCCCUUCCUCUCCAGAGCUCAGCCGCCACCUUGUAAAAACCUCACAAACUCUCUCAGCGGUGGAUGGCACAGUGACGUUGAAGUUGGUGGCCAAGAAAACUUCACUCAGCUCCGUGAAAGUGGGUGUAGCAACAGCAACCGCGGGGACGAUAAAAAGCGGGCACAGUGACAGUGAACAAGGAGGUACAGGGGCAGAAGCAUCCCCGGAAAACAAGAAGAGGGUUCAUCGCUGUCAAUUUAAUGGGUGCCGGAAGGUUUAUACAAAGAGCUCCCACUUAAAGGCUCACCAGAGGACUCAUACAGGUGAGAAGCCUUACAAGUGCUCGUGGGAAGGGUGCGAGUGGCGUUUUGCACGGAGCGACGAGCUCACGAGGCAUUACAGAAAGCACACGGGUGCAAAGCCCUUUAAAUGCAACCAUUGUGACAGGUGUUUUUCCAGGUCUGAUCACCUCGCCCUCCACAUGAAGAGACACAUCUAAAAAUCAGUCAGCUUGGCAUGGAUGUCAUCUGAGCUAAGUGUUGUGAGAUGAAAGUGGAACUCAAGUUACAAUGCGCUACCUUGCAGGAGAAGAGAACUUGAUCACAUGUAAUCCUCUGUACAGAGACCACACGCUCACACUGUCAUGCACCCAGUUAUACUUCAAUACGUACAUCAGUUCUUUAUGCCUUGCCCCAGCUGGAUGGGAGAAGAUGCAGGCGAGGAAAUGGUGUAGAGAUUAAGUCAAUGAGAAGGAACAAUUGCUUACAGUACUUCAUCCCUCUUGGAUUUGUUUCCUGUUUUUGCCAAUGGAAAUCAAAGAAAACAGAGGAGGCUUCCCUGCAGGUGGACGGCAGUAGGAGGGGCUUAUUUAACUUGCUUCUCAAUGCAACUCCAUUGGAGAAUAUGUCGUCUUGAAGUUGCAUAUUUGUAGCACUAACUUUCUUUUUAAAUAGAUGGGGGGAAAACAAUGACCUAGAAAACCAAAUCCCAGUUUGGUAGCCAAAAUUAACCUCUUGGUUCAUUUGUUCUUUGUCUGAGAAUUCCUAAUGUUCAGUGCGUCAGACUUCUCACAGACACUUUGACCUGUCUUGGUUAUGGUUCUUCUUCCUAGAACUGAGCUAUUGAGAUCCUUUUAAGUCAAUACCAGUGGCCUUAAUGGCAGUAGACUGUGGAGUGACACUUGUGACACAAAUAUCCUCUUUUUGGCCUGAGUUUAUGUAGACUUCACGGAGGACUAUAUUUUUGUUGGUUGUUUUUAUUUUAAUUUUUGUUUUGGCUAUUGCACAACAUAUGCACUAGGGACUCUGGAAGCUGCUGCCAUGAUGGCUAAGUGGCCAAGGGAUAAACCCCUGAGAAACAGCACCUAAUAUCUCUGUAGGCCUCACCUUAUUGCCAUAGCUAGGACUUAUUGUUUAUUUGUUGAACAAAAAACUUUAAAAGCUUAUUUGGAAGCUUAAACAUUUUUUCUCUUUUGUCCACGAACAAGUGAUCUUCAGAACUCCUUGUCUUCACCUGGAUAUCAGUCUGGGACUGGCCACACAGGCAUGACUACAGGAUUCCUUCCGCACCAUGUGAGCAUGUUAGCCACAACCCACAGUGACUUAGUGAUGAAUUAUGUUGCUUUUUCUUGCUGUUCUUCUAUUAACCAAUUUCAAACAUUAGACUUUUGUUUGUGUAAAGAGCACCUGCAGACAUUUUAAUUUAAAGAUAAUGUUUGUUGAGCAUCUUACACACAAAAAAACCCAAGCCAAAAAUCCUGCUCCAGUCUCUGAGUGGGAAAUCGAGAACCUCUUCCAAGUACAAUGGCUUCAUUCAGCAUUAGCCUUUUAAAGAAAUUAUCAAAGUCCUCCUUUUCUAUUCAUCAAGUUGAUGCUGUAGCCCACUCCUAUAUGAAAAAAUGUAACGGUGUGAACGGUGAAGGAAGGGUUGGAUUUUACAUACAGCAGUGAGGCUUUUCCAAAUGAUUGGUCUAAAGUAUUACUAACCUAGAGGUCCAUUUUGGCCUACUGUGUGAACCAUCAAGGAGAAGUGGAGGUCUCAUGCUCACCCUUCAGUCCUAUUGAUAAUAUGAUUUCGUUGGCUCAAAGUGGAUUGAAGUCUUCAUUACAAAAGAAAAACAAAAAAAUGUAUCUUACUUAACUUGCAUUUGAAACUAUUUGGCACUGGCCCUGACUCCAAAGACUGCAUUUAGGACCAUAAAAAUGGCCUAUGCAAGCAGGCAGGUGGUCAUUAGGUUGUAUAUUUUGUAUAUUCUGGGACCAUCCCUACAAGAUGUGUCUAGAAGUGAGACAAAAUGGCGCGUGGUCCACAAAUGGUUGCUGCUCUUUUAUACUGUAUUAGCCAACUGCCCUUCUUUGACUGUUUUGACUCAUUGACUGUUAAAUAUUUCCCUUAAUUUAUGUUUUGGGAGGUAAAACUGUACUCUUAGGGGAAAAAAGAACAAACAAGAAACUCAAUAGAUGUUUAAGAGCCGUCACCGGGAUCCUUGGCACUUGAAUUCUCAGCAUUUUGCAACCUUUGGUUCCAGUGAGAGAUUGAAUUUACUCGAAAGAUGCUGUUUUUCCUCACAGUUUUCACAAAGCACUGUGACUGUCAACUGAACACUUUGGGGACAGGGGGGAAAUACGAUGUCUGGCCCAUAUGGCAUGAAAUAUGGACCAAAAUCAAACCAUCUUUUAGGGACAAUGAUGUAACAUUCGUGAUAAGAGCAUGAGAGAGAGCAAGAGAGAGUGAAAGAAAGAAAAAAAAGAAAGAGAGAAAGAGAGAGAGAACGACAAUUGAAUUUAUUCCAAAGAUUUAAAACUAACUAUACUCUAUAUGUGUAUAUAUAUAUGCUUAUAUAUAUAUGUAUACAUUUAAAAAUUGCGGAGCACUGCUUGCUGACAAUCUCGUAUUUCUCUACUUCUGUAUUUGCAUACUUUUUAUGGCCAUUCCACCCAGCUGUUCCACUGGGACUGAGGGCCCUAGAAUCCAAUUUAUGUUGGAAUAUAUAGAGCAUCCUGCCAGAUGUCUAAUGGGAACUGAAACCUAAGCUGUGUGAAACUGUAGAGCAUCCAGUCAGUGCAUUAGAUUAAAAAAAGGAUAAGAGAAUCCUAGAAUUUCAUUACUGUACUGUCCUAAAGUGUGUGCUCUUGAACCCGCCACUAUGAUAUUCAUUGGCUGUGAACCUGCAUAAAUAUCCUCCUUUGACCUCUGAACACACCUGCCUUUAGACAUGCUGUCAGUAGUCUACAAACCUUAAUUAUUAAGUGACAGUUUAAGUACCAGACUCUAUUUAAAAUUGAAAAAAUCAAGCAAGACUGUUUAUUUACUUCCAGUUGUCAUUUAUGGCCUUGUUGACAUCUUAUUUAAAUAUGGCAGAACAAGGGCCCCAUGGAAAAAAACAUGCUGAAAUAUCUGAUUAUUUUGUUCUAGAGGCAGGCCUACAUCUAAAUCAUGGAUCCAAAUAGCCUAAAAAAACAUAGAGAAAAGGGCAAUAGGAGACUUAACCAGAUUUAAGAUUUCUCAGGCUCUCUCUGUAGCUGGUUUUGAACUCUGAAGCCAAAUUUUGAGCUUUGGGACCAUCUCUUCUGCUUGUAAAGGGAGAUAUUUUUCACCUGUAUAUGUGGUAUACUCAGUCAAUCUCUGGACUUCAGUUUUGGGGUGCUCAUAUGCAAAUGUCUUAGUCAUUACUAAAAUUUUGAACCAUACCAUAGCUGGUAUUUUGUAGAAGGACUCUCCAUUUUGGAAAGGCAUAAUUAGUGACACAUUCCAGGAUUCGUUUUUUACAAUGACAAGUUUUGUUUCUUCGCAGAUAUUUUAAGCUGUGCACUUCAAACUUGUCUAAUCUGUUAUAGCUUGGUCCUUUUUGGGCCUGUGUCUCCUUGCUAAAGUUGUACAGUUGUCCUCUAUUUGUAAACUAUGAGUAGAAACAGACUAAUGAGGAAACACUAAUCCUCUCUGUAAGGCUGCUUGGAAGCAAACCCAUAAAUAGAUGAUUUGGUGACAGCUGAGGACCGAGUUAUCCAGCUGUGGAAGGGAGAAGCUUAACCUUGUUUCCUUCAUGCUAGAUUUAUGCCUAUUUGCAAAAAAGAAGCCAGUAUAAGAAAGUCAGAUUGUGGUUUCCAAGGCCAUGGAACUAUAGGAUGAGAACAAAUUGAGACAAAAUUGUGUACAUAGAGGAAGCAACUAAAGCUGUUUUUGUGAAUAGCUAAAAUUUUGGAGCAAAGCAGUCAGUCAUAGAAUCAUGCAGGUGGGAAGGGGCCUCCAGAGGCCAUCUUGGCCAACCUCCAACUAGAGCUUGUUGCUCAGGGCCAUAUCCAGCUGAGUUUUAAAUAUCCCCAAGGAUGGAAAUUCUACAACCUCUCUGUGCAAGCUGGUCCAAUAUUUGACCACCUUUACGGUAAAAAAAAAAAAAAAAAAAUUAAAAUCCAUGUGUCAAGUAGGAAUUUUCCAUGUUCCAACUUGUUUUCAUUGCAUCUUCCACUAUGCACCUCCAAGAAGAGUCUGGCUUCUUCUCUACACCCUCUGUUAGGUAUUUGUAGAGAGCAAUAAGAUCUGCUCUUACCCUUCUCUUCCUAAGGUUGAACCAUGUCUCUCAGCUUUUCUUCAUCCUGGAACCUGAUGGUCCUGGUGUUCCAGAACCUGAUCUCCAUGGUGGCUCUCUGCUAGACUCGCUCCAAUAUAUCAAUAAUUUUCUUGUAACGGGGAGACCAAAACCAGACAGAAUAUUCCAGAUCAAGAUGUACUUCAUAUGUUACAGUGUUGACGUAAUUUAUUUAUUCUGGAUUUUUCCAUUAUCUAAUUGAGACAAGCUAUACUCUAUGACAAGAUUUUAUUUUGAAAACUGACUUAUGAAAAAUCAUUUAGGAAGUGCCAGUAUAAAGAUUUUUCUAAUCAGAUUUGCUGAAUCUGUGUAUAAAAAUAUGCUUAUAGAAGUAUGCUUUCUAUACUGCCAGCUCAAGGCCUGGCAAGCAAAAUUCUGGUUUUCCAACAUAAUCACUGCUGUUUUAAGUUAAACAAAAUAAUGUAUUGUUUCACUCAUACUAUAUCAAAUAUAAAGACACAUGAUGCUGUAUUUUAAUCACUUUUUAAACCAAAACAACACUUCAGUGCAUCUUUGUUCUGUUUGUUUUUCCCCUUAGGAGAUAGAGAGCAACCUAAAAUAUCACAUGUAUUUUAUAAAGAUUGGUCUAACAGAAAAGGGGAUUCCAGAGUCCAGAAUAUUUUUCAUUAUCCCAGAGUUGUUCUUUUUCAAUAGCCAGUACUUAGUCCAGAAAAUUUUAUUACCUGGAUAAAUAGGCCAAUGAAGAGAAAGGACAGACUGAAAUCCUAGAUUCUUUUAGUGUCUUGGACAAGGCCCUAAGCAGUCUGAUCUAACAAAACUGUUUUUUAAACAGAGGGUUGAAUUAGGUGACCUCCAGAGGUACCUUCCAACAUUAAUUUUUUUGUGUUUCUAUGAUUCAUUUCAGAUCUCUCACUGAUUAAAUGUCUACUGGUUCUAGUUCUUCCCAGUCUUGUGCUGGUGGAACAGACUGUAGGACAGGUCUGUAGUGUUUCUCUCAAACUCUGAUAGUUUCAUCCUUAUUAAACUUUAUAAGGCUUCUUCAUAAGGGAGACUUAGAGAGGAGGAAAUCAUGAAAAAACCCCAAACCCUUAGCAAACCAGUUUGAAGCAAUGUCAUACCAUGAGAUGUGUCACAGCUGCAGGGACCAACCAGAUAUUAUGGAAACAAGUUUGCUAGCCUGGAAGACCCAUGUGAUGUCUCAAAAAAUGGUUUCCAGGACCUGAAAUCUAAGCCAACAUAUAUUUCUACAAAGGUGAACAUUCUUUUUUUUUUUUUCCUUCAUUCUUAUUUUCCUCAGACUUUUUGGAAUUGGGUUUACUGUUUUUUUAGGCUAGCACAUUUUCACUUAAUACGUGGAAAGCACUGACCAAACACAGAUGGGGAAGAAGAACCUGAAUGCAAGAGGAGCCCCCAGGUCCUUGCUUUUGGAACUGUUUUGACUUCAGGAGUAAAACAUAACUAAUCACUAGGGUGUAUGGCUAAAGUGGAGUUGAUCAAUAUGAUAGUUGCAGUGAUUGAGUGUAUCUUAUCUGUGACCUUUCUAAUACCUACAGAAUCAGGCUUUCUCCUUCAUUUUUACCUGGCCCUAGAUAAUUUGGGCUUUUUAGCUGUCUCUAACACAAAGGUUGCUCCUCCUAUUUGACAUAGUUUGUUUAUCUGUGUACAAAAGAGGUCAUAAUUGGUGCUUUUGACAAAACUGAUGAAAAUCCAACUUGCUUAAGUGUUUCCUUUUCUCUGCCUGUUCCCUUAACGUGUGUCAAAAUCUUUACAUUUAAAAAAUAAAAAAAGAGGAAAAUUUUGUAAAUAAUUUUAUUUUACUAGGCCAGCACCCAGUGGAUCAAGGGCUUUUAUUCUUGAUUUCAUUCAGGACUUGGCACAUCCUGUCAUUCCAUCCAGUAAGACUGUUUUUAAGCUUUCAUAUCCUGGGUGAUGCCUCUAACCCAACUCUCUUUUAAAGUACUUUUUGCUGAUUUCAGAUAGAAUUGCACUUGCAAAGAUCCCCACAUACCAAGAACAAAAACAAUGCUUGACAAUAACUCUAGUUAACUCUGUCUUGAAAAAUGAAAAUUAUUUCCUCCCAAGAUACUACAACUACUCAUUGACAAGUCUUGCCUGUCUUUCAUUAGCAUUAAAUCUAUGCCUUCUUGAAUGAUCAUUUUCAGAUCAAGCUUGGAUAUUCUUCUUCCUUUUGUCACAUUUGUGUCUCUUUUUAUUAAUAGUUUAGGGAUGACUACUGCAGUCUUUCUCCUCCGCAGCUCUACACUGGCUUCAGCAGCAAGAUUUAGCAUUCUAAGAACUGUAGAAUCUGGCCUACUAGGUACUAAGAUCUGUCUUAUAAAGCUGAGACUUUCUUCCUCCCUUAGAAGACGUAGUCCAGGACAUACUUGUGCUAUAUAAGUUAUAUAUAUAAUGAUAUACUUGUAUAUAUAAAUUAUAUACAUAAAAAUGUGGAGAUGGAGGGGUAGGCUGCCUUUAUCACCUCAAGAAUGGGUUUCCCUACCUGAAAACUUUCAAAUGCAGGCGUCAUUUUUCAAACAGGGUUUUAUAGUUUUCCUUAAUGCUUGUUAAUGGCAUUUUUGGUGUAAUAACUGAAGUUGUAACUCUUUGCGAUUUUCAAAAUGAAAGCUUUGAUGAUUUUUUUUAAGUGCUUUGGUCCUAACUUCUAUAUACUGCCAGAAAACAGGUUCUCCACCCUGACUCUGUGUGGGUGUGGAUGUACAACAGUAUACCGUAUAUACCUACACAGAAGAGGAAACUGAGCUACUGACUUACAGUUUGUAGUAGCCAAACGUGCCUAUUGCUUUGAUUUAGGGAGGGCACUUGCUGUUGCCACUGCAUUUUAGGAAUCAUUUCAGCUUCUGUAGGAAAGUUUUCAACAAUGCUGGGAAAUACAUGUUGCUGUGUACUGUGAAUGAGUAGGCUGCAAAUUUGGGGGUUGGGAGGGGAGGUGGGAAGGGAGGGGAAUGAGGGCUUAGCAUGUACACACUAAAAGUGAAAUAGAAUGGACAGAAAGGUGACAAUUUACCCUUUAUUGUUGGGCUCUUGGGGAAAUGAAAAGCUAACAUGCAGUCCCUGGAAGGCCUGAUGGCUGAAGGGCUGAUCUUUACUUUAUAUUUUGCAACAUAGAUUUUACCCGUCGCUCUGUAUUUUAAACCCCAGCCCUGUCAGAUUCUGGAAGUAGAUCAAAACACUGGUUUAAACACUACUUUGUUACCAAGGCCAUGUCUCUACCAGGGAAGUUGCUCUACAUUAAAAUACCAGUCUAGCUAAAAUCACUUUGUAGCUGCACCUAUUACUUGAUUGCCUGGAUUGAGUUUGCAUUGGCAUCCUAUGCAGUUAAGCUGAAGUGUAAGAAAUGCUUCAACCAAUUAAGAUACCUCUACAGAAAGGUUCUUGCACCAAUUUAAGUACCUGGUUUUGAAAUCACUGCGUAUAAACCAUGACAGCUUUUCUCUUAGAAACAAGGCCUUAGUUUAACUUGUCUACUCAUCUAGUUGAAAAAAUAAUAAUAAUGCAGGCUGAGAUUUUUUUUUCUUGCUUUGCAAAGUGGCCUGUUUUCUUUCUUGUCCUUUGAAACCUUUCUUGCUCUCUACUACACAUUAAAGUUUUGUUUGGGGGAUUUUUUUUUUAGCAACAACAAAAAAAAGGUAUGAAUGCUCCCUAUUAAAAAAAAAAAAAAAAAAAACAACAAAAAAACAAACCAACAUUGCUUGAAGGACUUUCAUUUUGCACUAUAAUUUUUCUUUUACCAGAUGUGUCUGACAAGUGCAUUUUGGAGAUGCCCUCGGUCACGUUCUCUCAGGCCUACUCUGGUAUUUCUAAUAUAUCACAGAAGUACCCAAUCUUGUAGCCCUCAGUUCUGCCUUUUUUUGACAUUUUAUUUUUUUUAAGCUUUUUAUAUAUAUAUAUAUAUAUAUAAAUAUAUUACUUUGUCAGUUUUUUUGCUGUACAAAAAGUCUUAAGAUUUAAAAAUAUUAUUUGUAUUAUAUGAUGGUGGUAUGUUAAUGUUACAAAAUUAUUAAUGAAGAAAAAAUUUAUUUUUGUUACUGGUCUGUUUCAUAAUUCUUUUUUAAAUUGGUAUAUUGUAAGAUAUCUAUGCAAAAAUGUUAUGUGACGCAUUUUUAUUUAAGAAUGUAAUAUGUGUAAUAAACAGUAGAAUGUGUUUGGCCCGUCAGUGUUUAGUGUGCCUUGUAUAUUAUUUCUUUAUGAAAACUUCUGUGAACAGUGAAAUGGCUGUUGAGUAUCAGCUAAGGCUAUGGUUCUGUAAACAGUUAUUGACAUAAAAUGUAUAACUUCUAAGUAUGCUUUAGCUUAUCAGAAUCACAUUUUUCAAUUUAAAUAAUUUCUUUUUUUUUAAUGUAUUUUAUCACAGUUCAAGUGUUGCUUAUAUUCAUGCCGUAUCAGAUGUUGCUUUUGGAAAAGAUGUUCAAGAAGGAAGUUCUUAUUCUUAAAAGCUG